AUGGCGGGCGUGAGCAGCUGCACGAAGUAUUCCAUGUUCUUCUUCACCGUUAUUUUUUGGGUGUGUGGUUUUAUUAUUCUGGCAGCAUCUAUCUGGGUGCUUGUAAACAAAUCUCUCGAAGAAUUCAACACAGAUAACAAAUUUCUUCCUGGCGUUCACCUCCUUAUCGCUGUGGGUGCCAUCAUCAUGGUGCUUGGUAUUCUGGGCUACUGCGGCGCCAAGCUGGAGAGCCAGUGCAUGCUUAUACUGUUUUUCAUAGGACUACUCCUGCUCCUUCUUCUCCAGGUUAUAGCAGGCAUAUUGGGAGCAGAGUGUAAGUCAAAGCUUGACAGUACCAUAAACAUCACCAUCCACGAGAAGCUGGAACAACUGAAAACAAAUGCAACAUUUCAGGUUCAGUUUCGUGAAUUUGAGAAACAGUUCAAAUGUUGUGGUUUAAUAAAUAAAGAAAAUGACUGGCUGCCAAAUGCUACUGUUAAAGAUGGCUGUGUAUGUCUUCCAGAAGAUGUGGGGACCAGUCACUGUCCCUCAGGUGGUCAAAACAAGUACAUCAGGACAUGCAAAACUGUAAUAACUGGUUCGCUGGAUAAACCCCUGACCAUAAUCAUAGGAAUAGCAUUUGGAUUGGCGUUUAUUGAGAUUCUUGGUCUGGUAUUUUCAAUGUGCCUUUGCUGCCAAAUCCAGAGAAAAUGAAACCACAGAAGUGUCAGAACUGUGUCACCAGCCAAAUUAGAAACCUUUGUAGAUUGCAAGAUUGAUGUUUGGUUUGGCACCCUGUGAGGAGUUCCUGUAUGUCAGAAACAGCUGCAGUGAUAACAGCCAGACCAUUUCUUCAUGAGUUGUGAAAUAAAAUCUGCUUAAAAUUAGGGAAACUAAUGAUCUGUAGCUGGGUUUUUAA